CUCAGUCACCAAAAAAAGCUUUAUAGGGAAAACGGAAGCAGCGGAUCAUCCUUGUAAGAAAAUGAAGCGUGCUUCCCUUUGUUGAAAUGAGGGCGUUGAAACAGAGAAUAAGUCGAAUUUAUAGAGAGAGAGAACGAAAAGGCGAAGCAGCCACAGAGGGAGAUAGGGACAGAAGGAAGGCAGAGACUCCCCAUCGGCCGAUCGAGCGUCUGUAUUAGCAGCCAGGAGCGCAAGUCUCCAAGAUGAUCGAAACCGUCGUCAGGGACGCCACAGCACCCUCUCGCUCGUCCUUUCUUUCUCACUUCUGCCCUUCUGGCCUUACUUAAAUUUGCCGGCGCCUUCGUUCUGUAAAAACUGAAAGGACGAGAAGGAAAAAGAAAAAGAAAAAAGGAUAGUUGGGUGGCCGACGUCGCCUCUCAUCGUGGUCCCCUCCCCACUCCCGAGCUCUUCUUUCUUCUCGGUAAGCGAAACGAGAAUCGAUCGUCCGUCUCGAUUAUUGUUGAUGAUGAUAGUGAGGAGAAGGAGACGAGAUUUGAAGUGAAGAUUGGGAAGGAAGAAGGAGAAAAGCGAGUUGGAAGAGGACGCGAUGGCGUUCCACAACCUGUCGCAGCAGGAGAUGGGGAUGCCGCAUUUCUCGGAGCAGCAUUUGCUGGCGGAGCAGCUCGGGCAGGACUCCCCCGGCGGGAAGGAAGGCAAGGCCCAGCAGCCCACUUGGCUCAGCAGCGCUAUCCUUCGGCAGUCGGCCCAUUUCGUCGACGCAGGGGAUGCGGGCGGCGGUGACCAACAGCAGCAGCAGCAGCACGGUGGGAGGAAGUGGUGCGGCUGCGCCCCCGGCUCGAGCUGCACCCGCUGCAGCUUCCUUCACUUGCAGACGGCCUCCGACAGGCCGGUCGCCAGCCAGUGGCUCCCCCGGCCGAUGCUUCAGCGGAACGCGAGCGACGUUACCGGUGGUGCUGCCGAUGAGGUCCCGGGGUCGAGCGACUCGAUGAUGGCGGCGGCUAUCUCGCACGGCUCCGGUGAGGCGAACGCUGCCAACCAGGGGGCGGCCACCACAACCAGUGGGGAGCUCGUCGACAGCGCGUCGCAGCAAGGAGGGGAGCAGCCGACAGGAGGGGACGGGUGGCAGAACGCGCGGUACAAGGCGGAGAUCCUCGCGCAUCCUUUCUACGAGCAGCUGCUCUCUGCUCACGUCGCCUGCCUGCGCAUCGCCACGCCCGUAGACCAACUGCCCAGGAUCGACGCGCAGCUGGCGCAGUCGCAACAGGUCGUCGCCAAGUACUCGGUGCUCGGUCACCAGAUCAUGCCUGGGGACGACAAGGAGCUCGACCAAUUCAUGUCACAUUAUGUCUUGUUGCUUUAUUCAUUCAAAGAGCAACUCCAACAACAUGUCCGUGUUCAUGCAAUGGAAGCGGUGAUGGCUUGCUGGGAACUGGAACAGUCUUUACAGAGUCUAACAGGUGUGUCCCCAGGUGAAGGCACAGGUGCAACCAUGUCUGAUGAUGAUGAUGACCAGGCCGAUAGUGACACAAACUUAUUUGAUGGAAGCUUUGAUGGUCCAGACAACAUGGGCUUUGGCCCCCUUAUCCCAACAGAGACUGAGAAGUCUUUGAUGGAGCGUGUUAGGCAGGAGUUAAAGCAUGAGUUAAAGCAGGUGGAAGGACUAAAUGGUUACAAAGAAAAGAUAGCUGACAUAAGGGAGGAGAUUUUGCGGAAAAGGCGAGCAGGAAAGCUCCCUGGGGACACAACUUCACUCUUGAAAGCAUGGUGGCAGUCACAUUCAAAGUGGCCAUACCCAACUGAGGAUGAAAAGGCAAGAUUGGUACAGGAGACGGGGCUCCAGUUGAAGCAGAUAAAUAACUGGUUCAUAAACCAACGAAAGAGAAACUGGCAUAGCAAUCCUUCCUCAUCUUCUGUUUUAAAGAGCAAGCGCAAGAGCCAUGCAGGUGAUGAUGAUGCUGGACAGUUCAUUUAGGUAAUUUUGAAUGGAGGGACUCUUAAAAAGAUGGCAUCUUGUAUGGCACGUGGCUAGUAAAUGAUGUGAUGACAUAAAUCUGUGCGAUGGUUUUGCACGCUUCUUUCUGGACGAUUGGUUAUGUGCAUUGCUUGAACUUCAAACUCUUGUCCUUCAUUGCGGGCAGAUCAUGUGACGGCAUCUGUGUACCAAGCAAGCAGUUGAUACAAGGAGAUGAUACAGCUUGGUGGUGCGACACUACUAUUGGAAUAUUGUGAGCUAAAUACCUGUAUUAUAUUCAAUUAUUCUAGCUCAGAUGGUAGGAUUUAGUUGUAGUUUACACCUCCUCUAUAUAUCCAAGUACAUCUUGCUCAACCUUGUAGAGUGUAACAGUAAUUAUUUUUUAAAGUUUGUUUGUAUUGUAAGCCAGCACAACAAAUUCAGCUUUGUAUCUUAUAUUAUGGUGGUCAAAAAGCCACGCUGUAGACAUUAUUGUUUGCUGAAUAGUGGAAAAGGGGGCUGUGCGGUCAAUUGUUGCCAA